UGCGUUUGUUCCGGCAGCUCGACGUUUCGCCGCUUUGACAGCUGGCUCCGGUAGGAGUUGUUCGGUUGAUGGACCGCAUUUCCCUGCGGAGGAUAUUUCACUGAAGCGGGAGUCAGCACCGGACUGAAGCCGCCCCGCAUCGCUCACGGUCCGGCCAUGGAUGAGCAGGCGGGCCCCGGUGUCUUCUUCAACACCAGCGGCAGCUCGGGCUUACCCGGCGCGGGGAACGUUAAAGCUCCGCAGCCUGGGGACGGCGGCGCAGAGGCGGCCCGGGCUCAGUACAGCAUCCCGGGGAUUUUACACUUUCUCCAGCAUGAGUGGGCCCGCUUCGAGGUGGAGAGGGCCCAGUGGGAGGUGGAGCGGGCCGAGCUGCAGGCUCAGAUCGCCUUCCUGCAGGGCGAGAGGCGGGGCCAGGAGAACCUGAAGAAGGACUUGGUGAGACGAAUCAAGAUGCUGGAGUACGCUCUGAAGCAGGAGAGGGCCAAAUACCACAAACUGAAAUAUGGCACCGAGCUGAACCAGGGAGAAAUCAAACCUCCGAGUUACGACUCAGACGACGACAACGAGGCUCCGAGUCCUCCGAACAGCAGCCAUCAGCUCAGCUGGAAACAAGGACGCCAGCUGCUCCGACAGUACCUGCAGGAGGUCGGAUACACGGACACCAUCCUGGAUGUGAAGUCUCAGAGGGUGAGGGCGCUGCUCGGUCUUACCGGAGACACGGGAGACAAACCGUCAGAGAAGAAAACCGAGCCCAUGGUCAACGGCACCGAGCCGUCCUCGCUGAAGGACAGCGGUAUGGUCAGUAAGCCCGACGUGUCCGACUCAGCCACCAUGCUGGAGGCCUUCAAGUUCAUCGAGAGCGCCGCUGCAGAGUUCAGCGACGAGGAUGAGGACGAGGACAGCGAGGGGAGGGACAAAACCAUCCUGGACCUGGCUGCGAUGGUGAGAAAGAAACACUCGUCAACGCCGUCUUCCACAACCUCUGACCUCAGCGAUGACCCCGACACGGAGGAGGCACUGAAGGGUUUUGAUUUCCUGGCGAGUCCGGACGAGCUGGACGGAUCGCCUGAGUCGAGGAGCGGGGAGGACAGCGGCGAGUGGGAGAAGGAAGAGCAGUCUCCUCUGGGUGAAAUGGCCUGGGACGUGGACCAGGGACUGAUAGCCCAGCUCAAGGAGCAGUACAGGAAGGAACGCAAGGGCAAGAAGGGGGUGAAGAGACCAAACCGGUCUAAGCUGCAGGACAUGCUGGCUAACCUGCGGGACGCUGAGGACCUCCCCUCCAUGCAGCCGGCUGUGACGCCCCCCUCUCGGUCGAGCGUGCCCAGGCUGAACGAGCAUGAAGUUGGACGCCCCGAUGACGAGGCGAUGACGUUCCUGCCGUCGUCGGGGAAGUCGUUCAUUCUAGGCAGAGUGGACGAGGCGGUUUCUAACGAGCUCGGACUGGGAGAGCUGGCCGGACUCACCGUCGCUAACGAGGCCGAGGGCCUGAUGUAUGACAUUGCCAACAACAAAGAUGCUCUGAGGAAGACGUGGAACCCGAAGUUUACCCUGCGGAGCCACUUUGACUCGGUGCGCAGUCUGGCCUUCCACCCGGUGGAGCCGGUUCUAGUCACCGCCUCCGAGGAUCACACCCUCAAACUGUGGAACCUCCAGAAGACGGCGCCCGCCAAGAAGUGUGCGGCGUUGGAUGUGGAGCCCAUCUACACAUUCAGAGCCCACAGCGGUGCUGUGCUGUGCGUCACCAUGAGCUCGAGCGGCGAGCAGUGCUUCAGCGGGGGCGUAGACGGCACCAUUCAGAGCUGGAACACCCCCAACCCCAACAUCGACCCCUACGACUCGUAUGAGCCGUCCGUCCUGCGGGGGGCGCUGUGCGGUCACACGGACGCGGUGUGGGGUCUGGUCUACAGCUCGGCUCACCGCCGCCUCCUCUCCUGCUCGGCCGAUGGGACGGUGCGGCUGUGGAACGCCGCCGACACCUCGCCGUCUCUCGCCGUUUUCAACGAGCAAGGAGUGCUCGGAGUCCCGACCUCGGUCGACCUGGUGAGCAGCGAGCCGGCUCACAUGGUGACGUCCUUCGCCACCGGACACAUCGGACUCUUCAACAUGGAGACGCAGCAGCUCGUCCUGAUACUGCAGUCGGCCGGUCCUCCAGAAGCUCGUUGCAAGAUCAACAAAGUGCUGAGCCAUCCCACGCUGCCAAUCAGCAUCACCGCUCAGGAGGACCGCCACAUCCAGUUCUUCGAUAACAACACAGGUAAGCUGAUCCACUCCAUGGUCGCCCACCUGGACGCUGUCACGAGUCUCGCUGUAGAUCCAAACGGCCUUUACCUCAUGUCAGGAAGUCACGACUGCUCGAUCCGUCUGUGGAACAUGGAGAGUAAAACCUGCAUCCAGGAGUUCACCGCACACCGUAAGAAGUUCGAGGAGUCCAUCCACGAUGUGGCGUUCCAUCCCACCAAGUGCUACAUCGGCAGCGCCGGGGCCGACGCGCUCGCCAAAGUCUUCGUAUGACCUGAAUGUGGUCAGCUGAUCGCCCCGACACUCUCAGUGGGGUUCUUAUUUUUGGACAGAUGGAGGUUGCUUCCUCUGCAGAAGGUGACCCCACCUCAAUACCCCCCACGCCCCCCUUUAAGAUUCUUCUCGUGUUAAGCCCCGCCCCCUGCUGGACUCGGGCUGGCCCGGAUCCACAAAACAAACCGACCUCUGAGUGAGGGGAAGAAGUUCACGCAGGAGGCCGCCGCGUGCGUUCUCCCUCGAACAGCUCCGGGCUCGCCGCAGACGUCCGUCUCAUCGUAACGUGCCUUCUUUCUGUCGGACGCUCGGAAGAAACCCGAGACGCCGGAGCUGGAGAGGAGUCGGGACGGGGAGGUCAUGGCAGCCAAAUUUAACCUUCAGACGACCUCUGUUUGUCAGUCUGUCCAUCCUGAGUUGAGCGGGCUGCGAGGACAGUUCUGGAUCUGUGCUCCACCUGAGCCACGCCCACACA